AUGAUGUAAGUUAUGAUAAAUUAAAUAAUUUAUAAAAAUGUGAUUAUUAUUAAAUUUGAUAUGCUCUGUAGCUUAAUUUAUAUGAGCUUAGUGUUUGCGGUAUAUUUAUCAGCAACAUCGACUGGCCUGAAUGUAAUGACCCAGAUUUUUGAGUAGAAAGGCUUCGAUUAUUUGGGGAAUAUUUCGAUUUUCACUAUCUUCUUUUUUGGAAUGAUUGGAAAUUUUGUCUGCAUUUUAUACAUCAGGAAAUUGCCAUAUCAUCAUAGUUUUUUUAUUCAUUCCCUUGGGUAUUUGCUAUUUUUGAUAUCUGGCUUAUUGGUUUGUAGUUGUGCAGAUAAAGAGGAUGGAAUCUGCAGUGAUUUCUGGAUCUACUUAGUGACUAUUAUAUCAUCAGCCGUAAGUGGAUUCACGUCCUCUGGUCUGUUUAUUACACAAAAUGAUUACGUCGCAUAAUUGAGUAAGUAUUCCAAAAAAGCUGGAUUGUAUUAUGGUAUUGCCUGGGCAGUUCUAUAACUAUCCUAAGUCAUAGGUAGUUUAUAUUCUGCCUUUUUGAUUGUUAAAAUAAAGCAAUUCUAUUUUUACUGUUUGAUGGUCGCUGUGGCAACUUUAGGUUCUUUAUCUUUUCUUUUGGUACCUUAACCGAAGCGUUAUACCCACAGUGUUGUUUUACUCCAGGAAGAUGAGCAAUAAUUCAAGAGCACUUAGGAAUUGAGAAAGUUGAAUCCAAUUUCUGUCAUUUUGACUAUGAAAGAAUUUAGAGUAUAAUGCUUUAUUUUCCCGAUGAUGAUCACUGGGUGUCUUUUGAGUUUUCAAUGGAAUGUUAUGCAUUAUGUCAUUGAAAAUUCUAUUAACACUUCAUCUCUUAGUGACGAAGAAAUCACCAAAUAUACUCUAUUCGUUAUGACAGUCUUAGGAUGUUGUGAAGUCUUGGGAGGAAUAUUUGUAGGUGUAUUCAACUCUUAUACGCCUAAAUAUACAAGCCAACUAUUGCAAUUUCAUUUAAUAUCCAUAGCCUUGUUAUUGGCUAUAAUGAACACUUACGAAUAGAAUUACGGCCUGUGUUUUUUAAUAGCCAUUCUUUGGGGAUUGGUUGAUUGUGGCACUACGUCUACAUUAUUGGCCAUAAUUGCCUAGGAUUGGAAUGAUCAUAUCCAAUAUUUUGGUCUAUUUAACUUUUUAUAGUGUUGUGGAGGGAUGAUAUCUACCAUUGUUUCAAUAAUAAAAACCAAUUGA